UUUUUGUGCUUUGCGCCAUAACGGUCGCGCCAUAGUGAGCUUGCGCCGAAGCGUUCGUUUUCCUAUUGAAAUCCUCAAAAUUCUUUUUUUCAAAGUUCUUUUUUACCAAUUUUAUUUAGGAAAUUUAAAAUGGGCGAACUUGAAAAUCAGCCAAUUACUAAUUUGCCCGUAGAAGAUGAUCAACAAGAAAAUCAUUCGGAAAUUCAACUUGAUGGAGUUAUUGAAGAUAAUCCAGAAGAGAAUAGUUUAAUUUCAUCAACACCUUGCACUGUUCCCUCUUCCUCAGACGUUUCUGAUGAUCCAGCAGAAAAAUCACCUGUCGAGAUUACCAAUAGUGUUGAUUUGGAAGUUGUUGCCAAUGACAGUUUGGACACUGUGGAAAACUCGUUAGCCGCUGAGGCAACUGAUGAAUUGGCAGACAAUACAUUUCUUGCCCCGAUUUCUGGUUGUACUGAUUCGGUUUCCUCACAACGAUCAGAAGUUAAUGGAUCGUUAUUUGUUAAGCAAAAGGUUUUGAAAGCGCCUAACAGACAGUUUUUGUCUUCUGAUGUUACUCAUGUUCCUAUUCAACCAUCAGAUAUUAUAGAAUAUGAAUGGCCUCAAAAAUCGGGAGAACGUUUUUUUAUCCAGGAACAAAUAUCUGAACUUCUUGGUAUCAGUUCUUUCAAACGUAAAUAUCCAGGUACUUUUUUUACUCUUUAUACACGUCUUCAGAAAAAGAUUUUUGAUAAAAACCGAGUAAAAGGAUGUUUGGAAGAAUUUAGCGAGUUGAAUUGA